AUGGAAUAUAGUGUAUCAAGCAUGGUGUUGAUACACAUGAGGGCCAGAGGGUGCCAGGGGGGUGCCAGGGAGCGUAGGAAGGUUUCAGGGAGUACAGGAGGGUGCCAGGGAGUACAGGAGGGUGCCAGGGAGUAUUACAGGAGGGUUGGAGGGUGCCAGGGAGUAAAGGAGGGUGCCAGGGAGUACAGGAGGGUGCCAGGGAGUACAGGAGGGUGCCAGGGAGUACAGGAGGGUGCCAGGGAGUACAGGAGGGUGCCAGGGAGCGGGGGAGGGUUUCAGGGAGUACAGGAGGGUGCAGAGUACAGAGGGUGCCAGGGUAGGAAUGUUCCAGGAGUACAGGAUGCCAGGAGUAGGGAGUACAGGAGGGUGCCAGGGAGGAGGGUGCCAGGAGUACAGGAAAGGAGUACAGGGUGCCAGGGAGUACAGGAAGGGUGGUGCCAGGGGAUGCAGGGAGCGUAUGAGGGUUUCAGGAGUUUCAGGGAGUACAGGAGGGUGCCAGGGAGCGGGGGAGGGUUUCAGGGAGUACAGGAGGGUGCCAGGGAGUACAGGAGGGUGCCAGGGUGCGUAGGAAUGUUUCAGGAAGUACAGGAGGGUGCCAGGGAGUACAGGAGGGUGCCAGGGAGUACAGGAGGAUGCCAGGGAGUACAGAAGGGUGCCAGGGGAUGCCAGGGAGCGUAUGUUUCAGGGAGUACAUUGCCAGGGAGUACAGGAGGGUGCCAGGGAGCGUAG